AGACGAGAGAAAAAGAAGCCAAAGAAUAAGUCCGAGCCGGAAGGCAUUUCUUCCCAAAUUUUCACUGUAAUCUUCUUCAAGCGUUUCAAAAUGAUUUCUUUCCGGAUCUGAAUUUAUCGGCGGCCGCUGAAUCAACGCGCUAACAUGAUAAUCCUAAUUGAAAUCAGUUGUUCCCAUAUGCGUACUAGUAUGUACAGAAGAUGCUUAGUGCUAAAGAAAAAGGAGUGAGGAAUGGCUGAAGUGGAGGAGACCCUCAAGAGAAUUUUGGGCCAGAAAGGAGUCCAGGGCCUCAUCAUUGUCAACUCUGACGGAAUCCCCAUCCGCUCGACGCUGGAUAACUCCAGCACGGUCCACUACGCGGGUCUGAUCCACCAGCUGGUCCUGAAGGCUCGCAGCACCAUCCGCGACAUCGACCCCCUCAACGACCUCACCUUCCUGCGGCUGCGCUCCAAGAAGAACGAGAUCAUGAUCGCGCCAGAUAAGGACUACUUCAUGAUCGUCAUUCAAAAUCCAUCCGACUGAAAGCCUUCUCGUUGAUGGCGCUUUUAUCGACUGGCUUUUCCUUUUUCCUCUUCUUCUUUUUCUUUUUCUUUUUUUUUUUUGGCCCACACGUGCAUCCAGACACGACAAGCUCUUCAUCUGCGUGAAAAAUGGUUUCAAUAAACAUUUGCAACAUC